CCAACUAGAGAGGGCGCUAUUAGGGAAGAUGGCGACCACCUCCUUGUAAAGUUAGCGUUUUCUGUGUUGCUGCACCUUUUUUUGGCCAACGAAAAUCCUCGAAAAACAAGAUGCCAAUCUAUAGUGUGUACGUGAUCAAUCGGGCCGGGGGCCUGAUCUACCAGAUGGACCACACUCAACCGAAGACGGAGGUGGAAAAGACCUUCAGUUUCCCGCUGGAAUUGACGUUGAAAAUUUACGACGAGCGGGUGGUUGUGUCAUUCGGACAACGGGAUGGAAUCAAAGUGGGGCACACCAUACUUGGAAUCAACGGGGAACCAGUGCGGGGGCGUCAGUUGGAGGACGGUCGCGACGUUCUGGAGAUGAUCGCAAAUCCUGACAACUACCCAAUCGCCAUUAAGUUCGGCCGGCCCAAGCUCUCCACAAACGAGCGCAUUAUGCUGGCCAGUAUGUUUCACUCACUGUAUGCCAUUGGUUGCCAGCUCUCUCCAGCGCAGAAGUCGUCCGGGAUCCAGGUCCUUGAGACAGAUUCCUUCAAGCUUCAUUGUCUUCAGACACUGUCAGGUAUCAAGCUCAUAGUGUUGGCCGAUCCCAAACAAGGCGGCGUCGAAGCUCUACUCCGGAAAAUCUACGAGGUGUACUCCGAUUUUGCCCUGAAGAACCCUUUCUAUUCAAUAGACAUGCCCAUAAGGUGUCAACUCUUUGACGACAAUCUCAAAGCAGCCCUGGAGUCAGCUGAGCGACUGAGCAUGUACACUUCAGGAAUUAAUUAAAGAAAUUUAAGAACUUUUUAGUUUUCCGGAAGUUAAAUCCACUUGAAAGUGGAGUCUGUAUCUGUGGACUUUGUAAAUGGACUUUGUGCAGGAAUUGAAAACUUUGUGCAGGAGCUGAGGACUUUGCGCAGGCUCUGAUUUUUUUUCGCAGGAACUGCAAACUUUAUUUGUGAAUCAACAUGAAGGACUUUGUGCAAGAACCAAGGAUUUUGUGCAGUAACUGAUGACUUUUCACAGGAACUGAGGAGUUUGUGCCAGAACUGAGGACUUUGUUGUUAACCAAGGACUUUGUG